AUGCCCAAGUCAAAGGAACUUGUGUCUUCAAGCUCAUCUGCCAGUGAUUCAGACAGUGAAGUUGACAAAAAGGCAAAGCGGAAAAAGCAAGCAGCUCCAGAAAAGCCUGUAAAGAAACAAAAGACUGGUGAAAGUUCAAAAGGUGCAGCUUCUUCUAAGCAGAGCAGUAACAGAGACGAGAAUAUGUUUCAGAUUGGCAAAAUGAGGUAUGUCAGUGUUCGUGACUUUAAGGGGAAAGUCUUAAUUGAUAUUAGAGAAUAUUGGAUGGAUCAAGAAGGUGAAAUGAAGCCCGGCAGAAAAGGUAUUUCUUUAAAUCCAGAACAGUGGAACCAGCUGAAGGAACAGAUUUCUGAUAUUGAUGAUGCAGUAAGAAAACUGUAAAGACAGAGCCAUACAGAAACUUUUUUUCUUUUUAGUUGUAUUAAGCGGUCUUUUUACAUUGGCUUUUGUUUUCUAAAAUAUUGUUUUCCAAGCUAUUGUAUAUUUGGAUUGCAAAACGAUUUGUAAGAUGAAUACUUUUUUUAUGUGCAUUAAAAGUGUAUUCUGAGUGAGGCUAUUUGUGUAUACUUUACUAAAAGAAAAUAUGUUGCUUUCACCUCAUGGUGUAAAAUAAAUAAUAUGUAAAGCAUA